GUCCUCGCGUUUCCUUUUCAUUUCUCUCCUCUCAUCACAUCAGAUCUCAAAACAAAACAACUUUCCUGAAACGAUGCCGUAUAACACGCGCGGUGCAGAUGCUGACGUGGACGAUUUCGACGAGUACGAUCCGACGCCGUAUGGUGGAGGCUACGACCAAGUGCUCACCUACGGGCGUCCUCUCGAGCCGACCGAUGAGACCUGCUAUCCCUCUUCAUCCUCACAGUCCGAUGAAUUCGACUACGAUCGCCCCCAAUACUCCUCUCAUUCUGAGCCCUCUGCUUACGGUGAUGAGGCUCUUCAAACCGAGUACAGCAGCUAUGCCCGACCCAAGCCCCGACCCGGGGCCGUACCCGGUUACUCUCCUGGUCCACCCGACACCUUCGGUGCUUCUGGUGGGUAUGGAGAUAGGCCUAGGCCUGAAUCGGGUUAUGGGGUCCCUCCUGGUGUGAAUAGGCCUGGUUAUGGGUCUGAGAGACCUGGGUCUGAAUAUCAAUCCGGGUAUGGGCAGCGACCCGGCUCUGAAUUUGGAUCUGGGCAUGGUCGGAAGAGUGAGUAUGAGCAGCCAGAACCGGAAUACGGUUCUGGGUAUGGACGGAAAAGUGAGUUUGAACAGACCGGGUCCGGGUAUGGGCGGAGGCCGGAGUCUGAGGAGCCUGGAUCGGAAUACGGGUCUGGGUAUCGCCGGAAACCGGAGACUGAGGAGCCUGUAUCGGAAUACGGAUCCGGGUAUGGGAGAAAGACUGAGUAUGAGACUGCUGGAUCGGAAUUUGGAUCUGGGUAUGGCCGGAAACCAGAAUACGAAACACCCGGGUCGGAAUUCGGAUCCGGGUAUGGUAAGAAACCCGGGUACGAGGCUGCCGGAUCGGAGUAUGGUAGGAAACCCGAGUAUGAGACACCUGGGUCGGAGUAUGGAUCCGGGUACGGGCGGAAACCCGGGUAUGGGGAGGAACAAGAGGGUGGUGGUGGAUAUGGGUAUGGGGGGAGGAGUGAGACGACUGAGUUUGAGAAGCCGAGUUACGGGGAUGAGCCGCCUCGGAGGCCAGCAGGUUAUGGGAGGCCAAGUUAUGAGGGGCAAGAGGGUUAUGAGAGGCCUAGCUAUGGGAGGUCUGAGGAAGAGGAGAGCUAUGAGAAGCCUAAGUAUGGUAGGUCUGAGGAAGAGGGGAGCUAUGAGAAGCCCAAGUAUGGUAGGUCUGAGGAAGAGGGGAGCUAUGGGAAGCCCAAGUAUGGGAGUUCUGAGGAAGAGGGGAGCUAUGGGAAGCCUAAGUAUGGGAGGUCUGAGGAAGAGGAGAGCUAUGAGAAGCCCAAGUAUGGGGGCUAUGGUGAGGAGAGUGAAGAGGGCUAUGGCCGCAAGAAAUAUGGAGAUGAUGGCUCUGGUGAUGAUGAUGAUGAUGAGGAGAAGAAGCACCACCGUUAUAAGCAUCACCACCACCGCAAGAGCCAUGAUGAUGAGUGAAUGGAAUGCUGGUGUUGCCCGGUGAAUGGGAUUCAUGCCAUAAUUGGCUACUAAAUAAAGGGUUGAGGCAUGUUUUUCUGUGAGUCUUUUGAGUGGUAUUGUCCUAUUGGAAUGGUGUAAGUUUAUUAUGAUUUCUGAGUAAGAUAUAUUUGGAUGUAUAAGCUCAAGUAUGUCUCAUUGUGUGAUUCUAAAUAAAAUCCCAGAUAUUUGGGUUGGUGUGGUUGGUCACAUUCAUAUCGUUUAACAAAUUCAUGAUAACUAUAAAUGAGUAGUACAUAUUUAAAAUCGUA